AUGGCAACGUCGCAAGACCGAGAAGAACGUGGAAGAGUGCAGCAGCCGAGCAACAGGCGGAAUCGUCGUCCUGAUCUCAUCAGUGUGACAAUGAGCGACGGCUCCCUUGUGGAGAUCAACUUGACUGGAGCCAAUCGAGAAGAACGGGAAGAUGUGGCACGGUUCUUGGACGCACACACUACGGUAGCCAUGGCACCACCUGCUGCACACCGGGAAUCAAGAGAGCGGUCGCCAAGAUUGGUGUCUUCCUCAGGGCCUACCCUUCGUGUAACUUCACCAGAUGUGCAAGACCGUAUCGGGCAACUACCAUCACCGCCCAUCGCAAGUCAUGGCGAGUCAGCUUCUGAUGAAAGAAUGCCGCUUGAGCGAGCUGGAGCCGCGAGCUUCGCGCAACUGCGGCCCCAACGAUGUGUGGCGCACCCAUGUCAAAGGCAUCAGCGGUGGCCCCAAGAGCUGGGUCAUUGCCUAUGUCCACUGCUGCAGCGGAAUCUCCGUCUGAACAGCGUCGCAAGAAGACGUCGUGACAGCAGUCCACGGGAGAAGCAAUGGUUUGACGCAAUGUGCGAAGAACCGUUUGUACUUUUCCGUUCUGGUAUCGUCAUCGGGCCUAUGACCUUAGGGCAGGCGCGGUUUUCUUCGUAUGUCACCGGUUGA